AUGAAGACUUCAGCACUACUCUGCGGGAUUGUCCUGCUCUCCGCUCUGCUCCUCGCAGCUAACGCCGUCCCUGACCCCGUCUCUUCUCUGAGGAACAGGCGGGUUCUAAGCCACAACGACAACUACGACUCGUCGUGCCUGGGAAAAUUCAAGACAAGCCAGUCGAAAUGCAGGAGGGAUCACAAGUGCUGCGACCAUAGCGAUUCGUCGUACGACAGUUACAAGUGCACGAGGAAGAUUGACAGUUGCGAGGCAAAGGCGUACAAGAAAUUCAAGACGUGCAAGUACGGCGACGCGAAGCCUUCUUCUUCAUCUAGUAACAGCUGUUAUGACUGGUGCAAGUACGUGAAGAAGCAGUGCAAGGACGAUGACGAUGACGACUGUGACUAUAAGUACAAGCGCUGCAAGAACGAUUGCUGA